AUGUCACAUGAAUACAUCGUCGAGUUGACCUGGUCAAACCUGCCGAGCCCCCGUCGUGCACACGUCGUCUGGCCAGCCGGUGCGGGGCCCUGUUUUUCCCUACCUUCUCGAACGUCACGCCUCCACAGUCAGCUUCACAUGGCAGCAAAGCUUAGCUCCGCUCUGCUCGCAAGCUCCAUCGUGGUGUGGUGUCACCCGUACGCCUCCGGGCCUGCAUUUAGUCCGUCCACUCUUCGUGCCUCUCCUACCCCAACUAGCGCAUUCGCUUGCAGAUACCGCGCGUUCACAAUGCCUCAGCUUGCAUGUCGGACUGCAACAAUCAGGGCAAAUGGGAAAUAA